GAGAAUCGUGACGUAGCGCCGCGUGGGGUCUGUUCUAGGCAGGUAUGGGAGCUGCUGCUGGUAAUGUUGCUGGGUUGCACAGUGGCGUCAGGCAGACAGCGAGACGCACUCGUUGGUAGUUGCAUUUUGGUGUAGCCACUUGAUGGCGUCGCCUCUUGGGGAGCAGGGGCAACCCUGCUGCGCUCCAUCGUGCUGCUCGCAGUGUGACGGAGUGGUGGCCCCCGAACUGCUGUUAAUUAGUGGGCUUCUGGAGGAGGAGGACCAGGGAGCCACUGUUGUUGCUGGGGAGCGGGGUACGUUGUCGCGCAUGCAGGGCUCACCGGCGACUAGCACACGUUGUGGCACAGCAGGCGAAUGCUGUCUCGAGAGGCUAUGUGAUCGUUGCACACGCAUUCGUUUAGCAUGGGGUCACUUUCUUCACCGUGGGCCCCAGAAACUGGGUCCCUCAGGGCCACCUCUACCUCCCCCUCCGGACACGAAAAGCUUCUGCCGGGAUCAUCGUACUCAGGUGAUGAGGCUGUAUUGUGAUACCUGUGCAGUACCUGUUUGCAGCGAAUGCACAUUGGGCAAGCACACUGGACAUAGUUUUGGGUACUUACAAGAUGCUGUUGAAGACUCCAAGGCAGUCACCCUACAGUUACUUGCCGAAGCUCAUGAAGGACGCCAAGCAAUCAAGAUGAGUAUAGCAGAGGUGCUCACUGUUGCAGAAAAAAUCGAACUCAAGGUGCAGCUUAUUCACAAUGAAAUACGAGCACUAAUAGCACGGCAUAAGAAAGCAUUAGAGUUGAGAAGAUCCGGCAGGUGAAAACAAAGAGCUUGCAGCUUCAAGUUGGUGCCUUGAGAGAGAAUCUAGCCAAACUGGAGACUGCCAUUCAGUGUAUCCACAAGGUUGUCGUAGAUAAGCAGACAUUCCCUGUGGUCAAGAAACAGAUGUUGGUCCGUCUUCAUCAAGAGAUGGCUAAACUCUGCAAACAGUCCCAACCUCAUGAGGAUGAUGCAGUUUCUUUGAUACCACCGGACACCUUGCUUAUCCGAGCCAUCCAGUCACUAGGUGUUGUUAGCAGUAGUGCAUAUGGGCCACUGUCUACUAAAACGUGGGAUGGCCUGAAGUGGGCAGUAUGUGGCAGAGUAAUGACUUUCACUGUUAUUGCUAGAGACCAUUCUGGAGAUCUGUGUUCUGCUGGUGGGGAUAGUGUCACUGCUGUUGUCAAAUCACCUCAAGGAUAUUUUCUCCUGGCAGAUGUCUGUGAUCACCACAAUGGAACAUACACAGUGAGGUACUGUCCACAACAGGAAGGAGAUCACACUAUUUCAGUUAUGAUAAACAACCAGCACAUUAAGCAGAGCCCAUUUCAGAUUACAGUCCGAUCUGGACGCAGUUAUGCCAGCAUUGGAAUUCCUGUUAAUUUGUUUGGAGGGGAAGGUGAUGGAGACGGACAGCUUUGUAGACCUUGGGGAGUUUGUGUGACCAAAGAUGGUUUCAUUAUAGUAGCAGACCGAAGUAACAAUCGGAUUCAGGUUUUUACACCAGGUGGGGUAUUCCAUCACAAGUUUGGAUCUCAAGGGUCCCGACCUGGUCAGUUUGAUCGCCCAGCAGGAGUGACCUGUGAUAAAAGCAACAGAAUUAUAGUGGCUGAUAAAGAUAACCAUCGCAUUCAAAUCUUCUCAUUUGAUGGCAUUUUUCUCUUAAAAUUUGGAGAAAAGGGAAAUAAAAAUGGGCAGUUCAACUACCCGUGGGAUGUUGCAGUCAAUUCUGAAAAUAAGAUUGCUGUCUCAGAUACCCGUAAUCAUAGGGUCCAGCUCUUCGGUUCUGAUGGGCAGUUUCUAAGCAAAUAUGGAUUUGAAGGUGCACUUUGGAAGCACAUUGACUCUCCCCGAGGUGUGACCUUUGACCAUGAGGAUCGCUUGAUAGUUACAGACUUCAACAAUCAUCGUUUAGUGGUAUUACAUGGUGAUUUUAACUCCCUCCAGUUUCUGGGCUCUGAGGGUGUGUCUGAUGGACAGUUCCUACGUCCGCAAGGGGUAGCAGUGGACCAGGAAGGGAGAAUCAUUGUGGCAGAUUCCCGCAAUCAUCGUAUCCAGAUUUUUGAACCUAGUGGACAGUUUUUGUGCAAGUUUGGGAGUCUUGGUCCAGGUUUUGGUCAAAUGGAUCGCCCUUCAGGGUUGGCUGUGACACCGGAUGGACUGAUCGUAGUCGUAGAUUUUGGAAACCACCGUGUCCUGUUAUUUUAAGAUGCUUGUUCUCAAACAGAAAACAUUUGUAUUAUUAUUUUUGUUUGUUUUUUUAUUUAUUUAUUUUUUGUGUGUUUUGAUUUUGAAAAGACCAAAAAGUUCAGUUUUGUCUACCUCAGUUUUAUAAACUCUGUUAACAUUCCCAGAAGUAUUCAGGCCUACCUCACUGUCAUUUGCAAAAAUUUGUUGAAUGUUUUCUUCAUGUGUACAUCUGCUAGGUUACUGCUGUCUUGGUGAAUUUGCUGCUUCACUGCUCAACUUGAUAUUCUUUGACCUCCUGCUUAUUCAUGGCUGGUAAAAGUUAGUCUUCAUCUUUAUUCCCCAUAAAACUUGAAGGCUCUCCUGUCUGAUGGUUGUUAAUUCAUACAGAUUCUCUCUGCUGUUUCAGUGCCUCAUUGUUACCGCUGGGUGACAAAUCAAGCCAACUAUAACCAGGUGUGUGUGUGUGUGUGUGUGUGUGUGUGUGUGUGUGUGUGUGUGUGUGUGUGUGUGUGUGUUGUCCUAGUGUUAAGGUCUGUGAAAUUAGUUUUAACUUUCUCAAUACGUUGGCAUUAUAGUAACUAAACUUUUGACUCAAAUUUAUUGUUGGCCACAAAUAAGCUUACUUAGCAGAAGUAGCAGGUUUCAUUGUGAUGGCGACCAUUUGUGGAAGGUUGCCUACUUUACAAUGAAUACAUAUUGAGAGGGGGUGUGACUUUUGGAUUUUGUCCAUGUUGUGGUGGUAUGUAAAUUUUAUCAGUGGCCCAUGUGACGUCAACAGUAGAGUUUGAUCUUGUGUUUUCAGUAGCAAACAUUUUUAAUAUAGUUUGUGGGGUUUAAAAUGCACGGCAUCUGUUUAUGGAUCUGUUUAAAACACUGGUUAAGCAGAAUUGUGUUUUGUUCUGGCAGCCAUUGUUUUACAGCAUGUUUGUUGUGGGAGGGUUGCAGCACGGUCAGUGAUUGUUGUUUUACAUGAUUGCUGUACUAUACUCCAGGUGGCUGGUGGGGCAGUCUUCUGUUUUUUUUUAAUUUCUUGUUUACUUGUAAAGUACUGUUUUUGCAAUGAAGGAUUUAUUGCCUUUUGCACAGUAUUUAUACAUGAGCAAACCAUGAUACUGAUAUUCAGAGCAGGCAUUCGAAACACAUACUCUUGAAGAGAUAAUGGCUCAUAAGGAUUUUUUUUUGUCUCAGGGAUGUGGGCCCGCUUAGCUCUUGAAGAGGUUAUUACUUAAUAUUUUAUUUCAGAAGUUAAGACAGGAUGUUUGCUUCCCCCAAUGGAUGUGUGUCUUGUGUUACAUUGACUUUGCACAUUGUUGCCUUCUCAAAAAAUGAGCAGUAGUUUAGUCGGGGUAUUUCUCCUUAAUUUAAAUGUAACAUCUUUCUUUGUGCUUUCUUGAGUCAUGUGAUGGGUUGUGGGGGUAUAUCUCAUUCGAGUCCAUACCCUAAUUUAGUAGUAUACUCUUUCAGACAUUUCACUGGGACAUUACUCCUUUUUUUUUUUAAUUUCCUGACUGAAAGUUCAAGACCAAGGUGAUAGUUGAUUUUUGGAUGUGUCCUAUAAUCCCAAGUGCAGUGCAGAAUCAUACCUGUUUGCACAGUUGAAGAAUGCUGCGGCCAUAUGGGGGCUAUGUUAGCUGUAAGGAAGAAUGAUUUGUACAUAGCCAUUUCAUUUAUUCUUGUUUGGUAGGGGGCAUCCAUUGAAAAAUUUUGAAGUGCCAGCAGAGGUGAGACUAUUUCCUCGUUUCAAACUCGGAGAAGGUACUGCAUAAUAAGAUAGGAACUUAAGAGUAGAGAGAAUCUGCAUGUUAGCAGAUUCCAUGGUACCCUUGAGAUUAACUUAGUACUAUACCGUAUAUACAAGGCUGACACAUUUAAGGCUUGUGGGGGAAAACGUCAAAGAUUAAAUAAGUGAUUGUACCAUCAGGAGUACACACAGAAAGGCCCAACAAAGUGUGUGUGGUUAUGGAAAUACGGCAGCAGUAUUUAAUACAUGUGCCUUACCACAGUCUGUUAAUGUCAAAAGAUUUUUGCACAGUGUUAAUUUAGAUUUAAAACACAUUUUCAGGGUGUGGGGCAGUGAAGACCCACCUUGGUGAACCUCUGUUUAAGCCACUAUUUUUUGUUGUUUUUUUAUCCCUUGACUGUACAUAAUUGCACAAUGGUGUUUGGUGACACAUUUUGCAUUUAAAUAUCUCAGAUUUUUUGAAACUAGAACUUUAUCACAAGUAUGCUGUUCUGCAUCUAGCUUACAUUAUGUCGUUGCUUUGUGAAGCCAAAAAUGUCUGUGUUUGUAAAACGGGCGCAAGAGCAUGAAUGCAGCAGUGUUUCUAGUCUUCUGCAGUUGUACAAUACUUUAUGGUAUGUUGGGAUGAUUUUCAUCACUUGCAUUUCUUAGCUGGACACUCAACUAACAAGCGAAAAACUUUCGGUUCAUCUGUGGUUCUAUUUUUUAGUGCUCCCUGAUGCAGAGUCUGGCAGUAUUACUUAUUUCGUCUCUCUAUUUGAGUUGUCUACUGAAAGUAGAUUUAGCAUGCUACCUUCGGCCAGUGGUUGGUUUCCUGUAGUCUGUGUGUGGGCUUAAAUAUAAAAAUAUUUUUAAUAAAGGGAAGUAGCAAUAAAUAAGAGUCAAAUGCUGCAGGUCUAUAAGAUGGCACUUGCAUUAGCAGCUGUUAUGUACAUUUUGUGUUGAACCUUACCCGUAACUUCUUAACCAGCAGUGCUGCUGUCCAAAUUUGGCUUCACCAUCACUGCUGUCUGUUACACUGAAACAGCACUCCAUGUCUGCAGUUGAACUGCCAGCCCAGAAGCUGUGGCAUUUGUGUUUAAAUGGUGGCCCUGAUUUGAAGACUUUUUUUUUUUUCUUUAUGCUGCUGUCUGUCGCACUUCACUCUUGGGAGAGUUGUACAAUUGAAGUUCAUUGUACUGGCACAACAACAAAAUACUUUACCGAUACACUUACUGCAUUUGGUGUUUCACAAAUCCCUUUAGAUUUCUUGAGCUUUCACUGUGAAGCACAGCUUUAAUUUUGUUUAGUAAUUCAUAUUGAAAUUAAAUCACCAGCCACACUGCAGUGUAAGAUGAGUUCAUUCAUCUGGAUGGGUCUGUGGCUAUCAUCUUGGCAACCACUUGAUUGUAUUAAACUGUAGCUUUUGACUGCAUAAAAAAUCUUAUGUUUUUAGCAAUUAAACUAUUCUCAGUUGCAGGGACAAAUAUAUUUUGAUAAUUUAUUCAUUUUUGGCUUUUGCUGCUUUUGUAUUUUUUUUGCAAACGAGUUGAACUUCUGCUUCACUCAUGCUGGGGUCCUAAUAGUGAAGUAAAAAUGUCUGGGAUUCAUAGAUGAGAUGUGCAAUAUUAAUAUUCCAGGGGUUUGCUUCUUAAGGCUACUUGCAGUUCUGUUGACAGAGCCUUACACAUUGUCUGUGAAUCCCUGCACUUUUCACCUAGCCAGCCGCUAAGUAGUUUCACUUUGUGCUGUGUCUAUGAAUCACAGGGGCAUUUUAGAAGGUGAAUAGACUGACUUUUUUUUUUUUUUUAAACAUUUAUUAGUAAAAGUACUAAAGUUGCAUAUAGACGUUGGGUAGAGAAAGUAUUUUUGCUUGGAAUUUGCAUUAUUUAAGCAUGCACUGCUAUUCCUUUGUUAUUAACCUAACCAGCCUCCUAGAAAUUUGAAUGAGUAUACUGUUUUUGAUGGUCUUUUUGGAGCUGGCUGUCUAAUGAAGCUUUUGUUACUAGUUGCCAGCUGUGGUAUAUCACUUAAAUAUCUUUUAACACUUGACUGAAGAGAGCACAUCAGAUUAUCCAUAGUAGCCUCUUAAAAAUGUUUAACUUGGUGCUUGCUUUUCUGCCACUGCGCAGGCAGCACACCUUGUCUCAUUCAUCUGAACCAUCACUUUUGCCCAAUAAAAUAGGCAGUGGUCUUUAUUGACCUGUGUAAUCUUUACAGCUGAGAAGCAGUUCAGUUUACUUGUAGCUAGCAAGGAGAUAUUAGUUGCAAUUAUCCCCCAACUGUCAUGCUACUCAAUUUCCUGAAGCUCCAUCCAUUCCUUUUUACAAAGUGAAAGGAAGUGUGGAAUGUGAUCCAGUGUAGCAGACUGGGAGGUUUAUUGGAUGCUGCUACCCACCCCAGCUCCACAAUGGCUGUAAAGCACUGGGCAUUGCCCCCUUCUAAUUCUCCCUGCAGGUGCACUGUUCUCAUUAGCAUCUCUUGGCUGGAGUGCUCUGCAGUCCUUGGAAAGUUUGCAUCUCCCCUUCCCAAAUGUAGCGGCUGCCAUUUCUGGCCUUCCCCCAAAUAACAAUGUUGCAGCAGUGCUGUGCUAAUCAACAACUUGCCCAGGGUAGGUGAGCAAGCACUAUACAUUCAUUCCCAUUCUAUCCCAGCUGGUCUUUCCACUGCCCAGGUCACAAGGAGGCAUAGUCAAGGCCAAAUCAUCUAUGCAGGACCCAGCAUUUCUUUGCUUUAACUUUCUAGGUGAUUAAUGAAACAUGCUCACUAAAAUGUACUAGGAACAGUAGCCAGCCAUGAAAACUAGGAUAUUGGAAGAUGAGUCCCAUUGUAUUUUGCAGUUUCAUUAGCAUUUAUUUGUGAUUUCCUGUUAUCAGUGUGUGUCUAAUAGUGGAGCAUGUGUUUAUGUACUCAUAAACUUGUUAGUGGUGUUGGCAAUGGACCAUUAGACCUCAUAUUUCCUAAAGAAUCUGACGUAUGAAAGCAAAGUCGGGAAGCAAAUUACAUGUGUAUUGCUUGAAUGCUUUGAUUGUCCUGAUUUUACUUUGUCUGCUGUCUUCCGUGACUCGAUCCAAAAGCUUUAAACUUGCUCACCUGUUCUUUUCUCUGCCUGUUGCUGUUUUUACAGCUUUAAUUGCACUAUGUCUUAUUUGUAAAAUUAAAAAGCAUUUAGCAAGAUGUUAGGAAAAUGACCUGCACUUUACACAGAUGUUAGAAUUCCGGACUCUACCUCACGUGAUUAUUCCUUACAGUCAGACAAAUAGCUGCUCUUAUCCAUUUUGUCCCAUUUAGAGAGCAAUCCUCACCUUAGAGCUUUUCCUACAGCAGUCACGCUUUUUUGUUUUUUAGGGAACAAUUCCUUUCUUGUUGACUGGAACCUGAAGCAUCCUGUUGAUACAAACUUUCCAAAGGAAUGAAUGGAAUACAUUGCUCUCUUGACGGUUCUAGAAGCCACAGAGUUUACCGUAGAAAUUGCACUUUCAUUAUUGCCCUCACACAUUUCUUGCACAGCAACAGACAGUGUUUUUCUCACUUGUCAAAUAGAGAUACAAGAUGCCACUUUCUAAAUCAUUCUACCUCAUUCAUCAUUGGUGUGAUUUCCUCAUUUGUUUGUUUAUUUGGGCUUCAUGGACUGCCAUGUCGCAGAUUAGUAAUUGUGAAACUGGACACAAGAGGCAGUGGGUCUUUUAGUAGAGGAAACAUACUUGGCUACAACCCAGUAGCAAAUUUUAUUUGUUUUUGUCCUUUGAAGGCUGAGGGUCAGUGAGCCUUUUGUUUCUGUUUUGUGUAAAGGAGGUAUUUUGUUGUGAGAUGGAUAUUGGAAGACUGCAUGCUUGAGCUGACAGUUUGAUGUAAUGUUAUGGAAUUGUACGUUGAAUCCCUUUGUUACGCAUUUGCCAAAACAAAAAAAAAUUAUAUAUUUGUGUUGACCCAUCCUCAUGGUUUUCACCAUCUGCCAUUAUAUGGUAAGGACAAUCUUUCUGCACAUUUUUCUUUUUACAUGUUUAUCAACACGUGGGUAAAUGACCCACAAAAGGUUUUAAAACAGCUUGAAUCUUUUGCAUCUUUUUUGAUCAGCUUUCUGUACCGAGCUGAACUUUGGGGCAUACUACAGUGAGAGUGUUUUCACACUUGCUGAACCUUGUGUUCAGCAGUAGUACUGCAGAUGUGAGCAAUGUAAUCUUAGUUCAUUACCAGUGCAUCAGUAGCUUUUAUUGCUGAACAAAUACAAUGCUAAUAUCAGAGGUAUUAGUGUAACACUAAAUUGGCGGAUGUGUCUUGUCUGUGUGUGUGCGUGUGGCACGCAUGCAUAGCUUCGGCUGUAUUGGUUGUGUUCAUAUAUUGGUCCUGGCUUUGUCCUCUUGACAAUAUUUGCUUUGUUAUUAAAGAUGUAUUUAUUUUCUAGACUGGAGAGUCAGCAAAAUGACAUCUCCAAGAAGGUUUUUCUGGCAAAAUAUAUUAAAGUUGAGAAUGAAUGUAAAAUAGGCAUAGCUAGAGUAUGUGUUUUUUGUUCAAAAAUAUUAAAAUGCUGACUUCAUCCAGCUGUUAUGUUCUGGCUGAGGUUAAUGAUUUUGAAUCAACAUUUGGCCAUUACAAAGUAAAACUUUCAUAUCACAGUGUAAGUAUGCCGUAUGUUGCUACUACUGUUUAGCAUUUAAAAAAAUUGUUUUGCUGUGCAGUAUCUCUGUAUUACUGAAGAUUUGUUAAUGCAGGCAUUUGUCCUGUGGCUAUUAGUGUAAAAUGGCUAAUUUAUUUUGUGUAAAAAAUAUAUAUAUAUUGGUAGUAUUUUAUGUACAUUGUUCUGGUGCCUUGGGCAUGCAUUUUUUGACCAGUAUUUUUUCUGUGUUUUUUUUUUUUUUUUGCCUUGUUCUUGCAUUUAUUUUUGCAGACAAGUAAAAUUCUUGUUGGAUGUUUGUAGUACUAUUCCCUUCCUGCAGUUUUAGAAGUUAAGUGCCUUGAUUGAAGACUGAGGAAUUUUAUUUUGCAUUUCUAAAAAUGUGUUAGUUUUGAAAUGUUUUAAGUGCUUAAAAAUAUUAGAUUUCUAAGUCCCAAGAAACCUCUGGAAGAAACUUCCAUCUUCUCUUGCUGUUUACUUAGUUUCAGGUAUGAAAUUUAGGUUAAGGUUUUUAUUAUCCAUUGUUUUGGAUGUAGUAUGUUUUUAUUGUCAUAAGUAUUAUGAAGAAAAUUUGUACUUGGCUCUACUUAUUUCAUUGUGCAAAAUAUUAUUUUGGAGUUUUAUGUAAAUGAUUUUUGUCUUCUCUGCUACAGAUUUUAUGGAACUCCCAGUAAUGUACAUAUUUUACAGGCGUAAGUGGUUUUACUUUAUAAACUGGGAUGUAAAGGGUGAAAUGUUUGCACCCUUAGUCUUAUGAUAAUAUAUUAGUCAGGAUAAAAGGUUCAGAAGUUCUGUGAAUCUUAACUAGGUUUGCACAUACUUAAUGCGCAGAAAAUUAAGCGUUUUCUGGGUUUGAGGUGCACUGGACUGAGUUUUCCACUGAGUACAUCUCUGUGAUGUAAUGAUCCCACAUUACAGCGAUAGAGCUAGAACAAUUUCCCUUGGUUCUAAUACUGUAAAAAUAGAAAAGUGAUGUAGGGCAUGUUGCAUCAUACACUGAGGUGCUUGGGAGUUGUGGGAUAUGACCAAACUUGAAUUGCUAAAGAGAAAUUGUUUUUGAGAUUCUGGUUAUUCAAGGACGAUGUUGAUAGCACAUCAGAUUUUCUUCUAAAUGGACCAGGUAAUCAGGUUAUUAGCUCAGAUUCAGAAAGUAUUUUGUAAAACGUGUUUAAUAACUGGGUGCACUUUGAUUUGAGUUUUGUCAUUUAUAGUCCUAGAAUUUGAGAUCACAUUGGUUCUAGAUCAUUCAGUGUCAUAGUAAAUGGUCAUAUCAGCGGUUCUUUUUUAUUUUAACAAGGGUUAACAGUGUCCAUACAGAAAUCUGGCAGAAGCCUUUACAUGGCUCUGUGUUUGAAGGGCCACACUGGAAAUUGCACCAGAGGGCCCUACCUAGAGCUUUUCCAGCUUUGUCAGAUUUCUACAUUGUAGACAUUGCAGGGAAAUUGUAAUUAACACUCACUGAUGUGACACACAGUUGGGUUCCUGCUGUUGACUUAGGCACUCAGAGAAUCUGAGGUGUUAACAUAUAGUCACUGUUACUUGUGUCCUCAGUAUGUUGUGUGGCAUAUGACCGUAUUCAGUUUUAAAGACCUGGUAUGCGUUUCGGUUUGUAUUGGAUGGCAUGGUGACUUGUCAUUGUAUGUGUUUACACAAGGAGUCCUGCAAUGUGGAGCAGCAGUGUAGUAGGCCUUUGGAAUGCUUUGCUUACUGUUGUGUAGUGGUGAAUGAAACUACUUUGUGCAAGUCAUGUAGCAAAAUAACGUAGCGACUAGAACUUCCUGCAAUUCAGAUAGCUCUGAUUCCUCCUUUUAACAUUGGAAGCAAACCUUUGAAUUUCCUCUGCUGGUACACUGAAUCAUUGAGAGCAAAGGCACUUGUACAACUGCCAGUUGUUACAUUGACACAGGUAACUGUGUGUCAGCAAAGGUCAUAGUCUUCAGGUGAAUCACAUUUUCUUAGGGGCUUUAGAUGCAUCUGAAUCCUCCUAUCACCUUCUGGUCAUGAUGAAGCUUUGUCUUCUGUACUCUGUAGCAUUGGAUGUAGUUGAAUCAUUAACUUUAUCCUACCGCUUUGAAAGCGUAUCAGUUUAUUUUCUAAUGCAUUCUUUCUUUUUACAAAGAUGUGCAUUUUACAUAACACAAAAGCAGGCUACAAAAUUGUGGCAAAACUGUGUUCUUUUACAGGAUUGCAAUUUUUUUUAAUUUCAUUGACUUUUCUUUAAUGGUUGUUUCGCAAUCAUGUUAUGAGUUUUGUGCAUUAAUUGCAUUUACUGAUAGCUUGCUGUCUACCAGUGGAUUUUGUAUGUUGUACUAUCUUUUAACUGAUAGAUUGCGGAUUUGUAAGAUCAUCUUUUUCACUCUGAGUUUGUGGCAAUCUGUUGGAUUUUGUACCUUUGCCACAUUAAUUUCUUUGUACCCAAGCACAGGUAUUGUAUUAAACUGAUUGUAGUGUAUUGUUGCACAAGUUUUAUACAUUUACUUUGACUGUACUGAGUGAAAACAGAUUUCCUGAAACUUUGGUGCAAUUUAAUUUUAAAAUAAAAGUGUUCUUGGCAGUUA